ACCCGCACGACCGUGCCGCUUUUUGGGGUCCAGCCACCGUGUCACCGCGGCUGAUAACGAUAACGAGAGUCGGACGUGACCGAGAACCUUUUUGCCUAUUUCGGCCACGGGACCCAACGACACGAACUGACGAGUUACCAGGCACAGUCGCUUCAAAGUGUCCGACGAGUAUCCAGGAUUGUUUUUCAUCGGUUCUUUGCUCGUGAAUACUUCUUCAUGGUUGGAUUGCUCUUCGCUCGGAUUCCUUGCUGACAACUAUGAACGGGACAGAGAUGGUUCUUUCGGAGACGAUUCGUGCGAACGAGAUUCUUGGAUUAUUUUGAAUUGUUUCUAACGAUGGACUCUGUGUGUCUUUAUAUGGAGAAAGAAAGAGAUGAUUGAUACGAUCGAAGUAUAGUUGAUAAGUGAAUACAAAUGAAAUCUCAAGUGAUCCUUUGGAUACGAUGAAGUGAACUGUGUUAUCAGAGAAGAACAGUGUACAGUGACUAACAGCAAGCUAAAUGUCGCGCAGAUAAUCGUCCAAAACUCGUCAAUAAUCUUCUAAAAGCAGUGUCCAAAAUAUUCGGAAGCCAUUGGAAUCUCAAUUUUAAGAUCCAUCGUACAUUUCGAAGUAAUCGUAAGGCUAAGAACCGUUAAAAUCCAAGUGGUUAAAAUUCCAACAUCCAGAAACUAAUUUGAGAAAUCGUCUCAUUUUAUCAAUCCAACGAUGAAGAGAAUCAAAAACCCUUUUAAGAAUUCGAUCAGAGUAUCAUUGUGGACAUCGUGCGAGAGUGGAGUUCAGUGAUGUCGCGAGUGCUGUGAGAAGAAAUUUGAGAGGCCGUAAGUGUCCCAUAGAUAAAGUUCUAGCAGACGAGGACGGAUUCAGCUCUCGAUUCAUGAAGAUGAAGCGACGGUCGACCGGGUGCUCGUCGAAGCCACCCGUCGUCCGGCACAAAGACGCUCCUGAUGACGGUCAUUGUACCGCCACGCCAUAGACUAGUCUCGGAGGCUACGGUUAAAAAAGAGACGAGAACCAUCACCUCUGGAAACUUGCGAGAAACAUCAUCGUCGGUGGUCAAUAGGACCGACCGUCCUUUGGACGCGUUUCACAUAUUAUACGCGACAUCAAGAGAGGAACCACCUGGAUUCCCACAGCCGACGGCCGUCGGCUACUGAGGGGCCACGAUGGACCUCAGCACCGCCUAUCGUUACAAUCAGAAUAUGAUGGAAUACUACACCUGCCACGGCGGAGUUAACCAGCUCGGUGGCGUCUUCGUGAACGGAAGGCCCCUACCGGAUGUAGUCAGGCAGAGGAUCGUCGAGCUAGCGCACAGCGGCGUCCGACCGUGCGACAUUUCCAGACAACUCAGGGUAUCUCACGGCUGUGUAUCCAAGAUACUGUCGAGGUAUUAUGAAACCGGCAGCUUCAAGGCUGGUGUGAUAGGCGGCUCGAAACCGAAGGUUGCAACUCCACCGGUGGUCGAAGCGAUCGCUAACUACAAGAGGGACAAUCCAACAAUGUUCGCGUGGGAGAUCAGGGAUCGAUUGCUUGCUGAAGGCAUUUGCUCGCAAGACAACGUGCCAUCCGUCUCCUCGAUCAAUCGAAUUGUGAGGAACAAAGCGGCGGAGAAGGCGAAGCACGCGCAUCAACAACAGCAGGCGCAGCAGCAGCAAGGUCAGCAGCAAGGUCAGCCAGGAUCAGGUGGUUCCGUGUCGGUGAUAGCCCAUGCACCUGCCACUGCAGCGGGUCACCCAGCAGCAACCGCUCCCAACGCUUACAGCAUCAGUGGCAUCCUGGGAAUCCCGACGCACCAUCAGGACCCCAAUGGCAACAGCAUCAAGAGAAAACGCACCGACGACGACGACAACCGAGACCUGAGUGAUCAUCCCGAGGAUGACCUGAAGAGACAGAGAACCAACUACAACGGCGACCAAUUAUACUCGAACCUAUGGUCGAGUAAAUGGAGCAUCAAGGACGAACACAAGCUCCUGAGUGAGCUUGGAGGCGGCGGAGGCGGCGGUGCAAGCGGCGGCGGUACGAACGGCACUGGAACUGGCGGAGGUGGCGGCGGCGGCGGAGGUGGUAGCGGAGGUAGUAGCGGUGGAGGCGGAGGUGGCGGUGGUGGAGGUUACUACGAACACGGAGGAUUCCCCGGGAACGCGAUUGCCACCUCCGCCGAGCUGUACGACUCCCUGGGCACGAUCAGCACGAUGACGCAAGCGCAAACGCCCCAUCUCUACACCCCGCCCAUAGGGGGCACCAUAGCAGGUGGUACUUUGACGCCGCUCGCGCCACUGACGAUGCAAGAACUAAAAUUGAGCCAAACAUUGGACGGGGCUAACAUGUCUCCUUACCACACUACCGCAGAGAGCAGUACCGUCGCAGUGUCGUAUGUAGGGGUGGGGGCCGGCGGGGGCGAGCAGAGUCCUCCGAUUUCGUUGCAGAACGAGACAAACGCCACCCCCGCGGCCCCCAACACCCCCGGAGGGGAUCCCGGACUGACGGUCUUGCAGCCGCCAGUUUCUCAACCCCAGGUAGCAUCUGCGAUACCGCCCUACUCAACGAUGCUUCCCAGUUUCGGACACUACGCCACCGGUGGUGGUGACUAUGCAUACAGUGCAGCAUACUCUCAAUACUCGAGCGCACCAUAUAGCGGCUACGGUUAUGGAGCAGCGACAAGCGGGUUGCUCAACUCGACGUACUACUACUGUAACGGGGAUACGCUGGCGUCUUCCCACACCAAUUCGCAGCAGGGCGGCGGAUGUAACAACACAGGGCCAGAGAACAGCACGGACGUUGCUAGUCGCUCGCCUUUGGCGGCUACCAGAGCAAGCAGCGGUGCGAGUGCCGCUUCACCGACCGGAAGUGCAUGCACCAAGCCGGAUCACAAUUCCACACCGACGGAUCUUUAUUUGGCCUGAUUAAACGAUGGUACAGGAGAUCGACUCCAGGCAGAGUGUUUUCCUGGGGUGGGAGGAGCGACCAACGAGUCUAGACGCCAUAUCACGAGAAACCACGCUGAAAUUAAGCAAUGAUCUCUUUAACUAACUGGUUCAGGAAUGAACAACUAUGAACCAUUAUUGUCGAAUAAAAUCGUUAACACCCGAUAACCAUGGCGAAUUCCCGUUAAAAACAGGAGGAAGUAUGGCAAAAUGGGCAAACUGUGACCAGAUACGCGUUCACGUCAAUGCAAUAUGACAUUAUUCACGAUCGAGUCGCGUGUCACGCUUGAGGAUCUCGUAUCGAUCGAUACGAGCGUCGCGAGAGAGAUAGAGACUUUUUAAAAUUCGCUACGAACACAAUAGACGAUAAUCGAAAACAUCAGAAACCAUCUUGUGUAUACAAUAAGGUUACAACGUAUGACAGCGCUCAAUAGAACAAAACGAUCAAACAUCGAACGCUGUUACGAUUCAUCGGAUCGAUGAUAAUUGUGGCUAAAAAUCGUUGUUAGCAAAACCUUCAUCAUGGAGUUAAAAACUGUAGCUUCGAUGCCGAUAACACUGAUAUUAUUUACGAUUCCCAAGGGACAGCAACGACUCGACGAGUGUCUGGUCCAGCGACACUAAAACACGAUGCUGUCUAGUUACGCGGUCGGGAUAACAGAUUCGCCCGCAUGCGUUACCGACAGUAUCGGUACUCAUGUAGAGUGCGCAUAAUCGUAGGUAGUUUAAUUUAACGAUCCUCAGUUAGUAUAAUUUCUACACAAUGCCCGCGAUCGGUCGUCCCUCCAAAUGUGCCCGUGCAUUGCCGACAAAGAUAUCGUUGUUAACGAUCAUCGCGUCACACGAAUGUAGUUGGGCACAUUUGUUACCGACGGCAUUAGAACGUGUACAUAUAUAUAAAGUGAAGGAAAAAAUUUAUAUAUAUAUAUAGAUAUAUAUAUAUAUAUAUAUAUAUAUAUAUUAACCGUGUAAGACAGACAAAGUCACUGCCUAACACGGCACGUUCUUUCUUCUAAUAAGCACGACGACCUUCCCCCACCCCCUAUCAACAAACGAUAUAAGUAAUAUAGUAGAUAUAACGGAUAAGUUUAUUGAGAUUUUUAAAUCAGGAAUCGACGUAACGAUCAUUACUGUUAAGGAUAUUAUAUAUAUUUUUUGUAGAAACCAAAGACCACAGACGGAUUGCCGAAAAACAAGAAAUGCGUGCGAAUCGCGUAGCUAGUGGCUGAGGCAGAGUUUUAUGGCGGUUCGAAAGCGACUUGUAAAUUGUAAACGAAUACGCGAGUUUGCGAGCGACGUACAGGGUCGACGUAAAUGUACAAAACAAUGAGGGGAAUGCAAAUCGUGAAAUCGGGAAAGCGUGAAAGGCGAAACGAAGUCGUGCAACGUUCCUCGUCAUCGCGGUUGAUUUUCUCGCCACCACGAGAGUAACGCUUAAUAAGAAUAGGAUGCAAAAGAAAAGGUUACCUCUUGAUUGAAACUGCCAUCCUUUGUCGAUUAUAAAUCGUCCAUAGGCUUUCACGUGCGUGUAACGAAUUUCUUUUCGCGGCACGAAUCUUUUUCUUUCUAAACUAAACGACGGACACUUCCGUGACGGCCGGUUGAUCACAAUUAUUCCCGCGUUCCGUCCAACGGCUUCACCAUUCUCGCGCACCACUACGGAAAUCAAGUUGCUUCCGGCAUCGCUUCGAGCGGAACGUUUCGAAAAGAGAAGAAAAAGCACAAUCACGGAACCGUAAUUAACGUCUGACCAUCGGACUUUAAUGAGAAGUUACGUGCAAUGCAAUUUCAUUAUGAUUAACGGGCAAAAAUGUUAAUUCGCAACCUUAAUAAGAAAAUUUACGCGCGCAUUUCCAGCGCAUUUCGAUCCACGCAUACGAUAUGGGCCGAGCAUGCGCAAUAAGUUUAGAAGCGCACACGUGAUGCGCGCUAUAAUUCGAAUGUUACUUAUUUAAUACUCUACAUUCUCUUCGUUUUAAUUCCGGGAUUAUACAAACAAUUUUUAUCCGUCUACGAAGAUAAUUAUACGUUGUCCCUUCCAUUUCAUGGAAAUUGGAAGUAGUGCAAUCAACAUGACAAAAUAUUUUAAUUAUUCGCAUAAAAAUGUUAUCCGAAUAUAUAAAGGUGAUCGUUAAUUAAAAUGUAGCGUCUCGCUUGAGAAAUCCACCAUGAAAUUGGUUUCAUAGCACAAUUCUGUUCGCCUCACAGUUAUCUCAUAAUUGACGAAUUAGAAUUUCUCGAGUGUAUUUCGCACGAACGAUACGAAUUCGAUAACUUCGGAAUUUCUUGUUAUAUUUAUUAUUUUUUAUCAACAUUUUUUAAAUUCCAUUUUAUUACGAUAUAUUUAUUAACGUUUAAGAAACGAUUCGUACGGUCUUUCACCUUUUCCAUCGUUACUUUUAUGUUCGCGUGGUGUCGUUAUACGUAUACAGUUUAUAAAAUCGUGACGAAACGAUCGAAAUGGCAAUGUCGAUCCCAAGCGUGCUCGCAACCAAUUGUCAGAUCGUUCAUCGAUCCGAGCGUCGGACGAACAACUUAUUCGAUUUAUCUCGUUCGACUUGGUCACUUUAUUCUGUCGAUCGUCCAAACUAUAGGUAAAAAAUGACAAAUCCACCGUGAUUUCAAAAAUCGAUAUUUCUUCUUUCCUUGCUACUUGCGUUUUUUAGGUGUACAGCACGCCUGUGAGUUUAUGUUCCGCCGCGUUUGUCAUAAGGAUGGAGAAUCUGUAAAUACGAUCUCUGAUUGCUGAAUAAUUGCUAUUUAUAAAUUGUCGUAUCGUAGCGUUUCGUGUCCUAAAAUCGUGUACAGGAAGAACCAUGGGUAUCGAAAUCGGCAAGUCGAAGUGAAGGUGAAAGAGAAAUAGAACGAGAUGGAAAGAGAGAAGGAGAAAGAAAUUGCGAUGCCGUUAGUAUUUCGAGGCUGCAACAAAUUCGAGUAUUACAUUGUUUCAUAAAUUGCGAUAUGCCUGCCAACAGAGUGAAACAAGCUUUCUUUCGUUUAUUCUCGUUUCACGUCUAGCGUUUUAAAGAUACUUCCUGUACACAGCACACAAUCGCAGGGUCGAAGAUCGGCCAGGUGAAUUUGAUCUGACAUUUAUUGCGAUUUUUAUAAUUUGUCGGGAUUAUAAUUGAUUAAUGCGGACUUGACAUUGUUAACCUAUUAUUAUUAUUGUAACGAUGAGAUGAUUAUGAAUUUUCUUUUUUAUUAUUAUUAUUUUUUAUUCUAUCUGCUAUUAUCGCUACUUUUUUCCCCCAUUAUUCUCAUGAUUUAUUAUUAUUAUUAUUAUUAUUAUUCUAAUUAUUAUUAUUAUACUAUUAUCAUCAUUAUUAUUAUACGAUUAUUUAAUGCCUUUUACUAUUUAUUAAUUAGUAUCGACGACCUAUGUGUAAUAAGUUUUGCCAAAGAAAUCCGUCGAAUGAGAGAGAGAGAGAAAGAGGGAUAGAGCAAUAUCGCGGUAACGUUUCAAAAGAGCAGCUUCCAUCGAAUGGAAGCGUUUUAAAAAACAAAAAAAAAAAAAUGGAAGAUGUAGAAAGAGGAAAGCACACGAUAUGUUAACGUCGAAUCGUAAAUAGAAGAGGAACAAUAAAAAAAAAGAGAAAAGAAAACCGUUGCGUCACGAGAAGAAUCAUUUUCGCGCAGCGUUCAAACGAAGAGGAUGUACCCUCAAUAGCAAAAUACUUGUGAAAUCGAGAUUUCGGUUUGGAUGCUGCGUCCCGUGGACUUUUUAUCCGAAUAACAAGCAGUUUUAUCUCUUUUCUUUAUUAUUUUAUUUUUUUCCCCUUCAUUUCGCUGUCAUUUCGUCCCGUGUGAUAUUCUUGUUCUGUGCGCCGCUCUUGCCGAGUCUCGCUGUUGAUACUUGCAAACAAAACUCUGUACAUCCUUUUUAAAUAAAUAUGAGGUUUAUAUGAAAUUCGUCUCGUGUUGUCUUCUAGCGAAUAAAGAAACUUUUAUUAAACGACAAUAAGCGUAUAAAAUUUUGUUGCAACUGUUUCUCUGCAAUUAAAGGAUAUUUUUCCUACCUACAGUAAUAAAAUUAAAAAGCAAAAGCAAAAGCAAAAUUCUUCUACAAAAUUUCGUUUUAUAUCAUAUUAUAGUGACUAAGAAGGUUAGUGAAAGAAUUUUAGAAUAUUGAAAAAUAGUUCAGAUGUUACAAUGAAUUAAAAUAACCCGAUCAAUUAUGCAAAGCAUGCACGAAGCACAAGCUGCCACCUACCUUAAUUUGACUACUUUCUGAAAACACCAUUAUGGGGU